UGGGCUGCGGCGUGUGAGGGGCCGGGCGGGGUCCGCUCCCCGAGGAGCGAUGGGGCCGGACAGUCGGGGCAGGGGCCGCGGGGCAGAGGUUGCGGGGCAGCCCUGGAGCGGCGGGGGCCGUGCACUGCCCGGCGGUCCCGCGGCUCGGCGGAGGGCCCCGAGUCGCCAUCUCCUGCCGCUGCUAUUGCUGCUGCUGGCCGCGGGGGCCGAGAGCCAGGCGGGCCCCAGCUCCGACCUGCUCGGCGCGGGCUCCCCCGCAGGCCCCGGCCUCAGCGUCUACAUGAGCGAAGAGGAGUUGCGGCGACUGAUCGGUCUUGAUGCAGAGCUAUAUUAUGUGAGGAAUGAUCUUAUUAAUCACUACGCAUUGUCCUUCAAUCUGUUAAUACCCAGUGAGACCAACAGUCUUCAUUUCAGUUGGCAUGCUAAAUCCAAGGUUGAAUAUAAACUGGGAUUUCAGGUAGAUAAUGCUAUGGCUAUAGAUAUGCCUCAGACUAAUAUUUCUGUACAAGGAGAAGUCCCUCGUGCUUUAUCAGUGUUUCGUGUUGAACUAUCAUGCUCAGGCAGACUAGACUCUGAGGUUACAAUAUUAAUGCAGCUCAACUUAACAAUAAAUUCCUCAAAAAAUAUCACAGUCUUAAAUUUCAAACGAAGGAAAAUGUGCUACAAAAAAUUUGAACAAGAAGUAAAAACUCCAACAUCUGACAAAAACAGCAGCAAAGCUAUUUUUGAUCCUGUAAAUGCCGCUCCCACCACUUCUACCCGUGUGUUUUAUAUCAGUGUAGGGGUUUGCUGUGCUGUUAUAUUCCUGGUGGCAAUAAUAUUAGCUGUCUUGCAUCUUCAUAGUAUGAAAAGAAUAGAGUUGGAUGACAGCAUUAGUGACAGCAGCAGCUCACAAGGUUUAUCUCAGCCCUCUACACAGACGACACAGUACCUGAGAGCUGACACCCCUAACAAUGCCACACCAGUAACCAGUUAUCCUACAUUACGGAUAGAGAAGAAUGAUCUUAAAAGCGUCACUAUGAUGGAGGCAAAAGCUAAAGUGAAGGACAUAGCAAUCUCCAGAGAGAGGAUAACUCUAAAAGAUGUACUCCAAGAAGGCACCUUUGGACGCAUUUUCCAUGGAAUUUUAAUAGAGGAAAAAGACCCCAGUAAAGAGAAACAAGUUUUUGUCAAAACAGUCAAAGAUCAAGCCUCAGAAGUGCAAGUGACAAUGAUGCUGACAGAAAGCUGUAAACUGCGAGGCCUUCAUCACAGGAACUUGCUCCCUAUCACCCAUGUCAGUAUAGAAGAUGGGGAGAAACCCAUGGUGCUGCUGCCUUUCAUGAACUGGGGGAACCUUAAGCUGUUCCUGCGCCAGUGCAAGUUAGUAGAGGCCAACAAUCCUCAGGCAAUUUCCCAGCAGGAUCUUGUUCAUAUGGCUAUUCAGAUUGCCUGUGGAAUGAGUUACUUAGCCAGAAGGGAGGUCAUUCACAAAGACCUGGCUGCUAGAAACUGUGUCAUUGAUGAUGCACUUCAGGUCAAGAUUACAGACAAUGCGCUAUCUCGAGACCUAUUCCCCAUGGACUAUCAUUGUCUGGGAGAUAAUGAAAACAGGCCAGUGCGAUGGAUGGCUCUUGAAAGCUUGGUUAACAAUGAAUUUUCCAGUGCUAGUGAUGUGUGGGCAUUUGGAGUAACACUGUGGGAGCUGAUGACUUUGGGGCAGACUCCGUAUGUGGAUAUUGACCCUUUUGAGAUGGCUGCAUAUCUAAAGGAUGGAUACAGAAUAGCUCAGCCAAUCAACUGCCCUGAUGAACUGUUUGCUGUGAUGGCCUGUUGUUGGGCCCUAGAUCCUGAGGAAAGACCCAAAUUCCAGCAGCUAGUGCAAUGUCUAACGGAAUUCCAUGCAGCUCUGGGAGCCUAUGUCUGAAGCUUCAGACAUGGAUUUCAUACGCUACUGGGGAAGGGACAGUGCAUACACGUCCAGCGCCAUGCAUCACUUGGACCUACUCAUGCACUGCGUGUAUAAAGCAACGCCAAUGGGAGAAAGCACUUCUUCCAAAACACUGUGCCUUAGAAUGCUUUUGUAGCCUGACUUUUUUGUAAGACCUCUUGAUGUUGAGUAUUUUCUAGUUAUCACUUUUGCUAAGUUAAAUUGAGACAGUUUUAUUUGCCACCUGGUUUUCUAAAGUAUAGUGAUAGUGAACUUGAACACAAGAGUUGGAUGGACUUUUGCACUGUUACAACAGACACAAAGUUGGUUUUUUAAUGGUUAUUUUAGAGCUGGUAGGAAAAGGGAGAAAUUAUGCAAACAACAUUGCAGAGACUUUUCCGAUUUAGAAACUGAAAUUUUCUGACCGGCUCUAGUGCUUGAUCUUGUAUGUAUCUGGAAUAGCUUUUUAGUAUCAACUGCUUUUCUUUUGAGACGAUGGCACAAAAACAUUGGGUCCAUAAGUGGCAUCUUAUUUUUUAACUCAUUCUUCAUCAACAGUUCUUGGAAAAGCGUCUUCAAGAUGCAAUAUCACCUUUCUAAGACGAUAAGCAAUUAUGUAAAAGAGAUUCCAGUUUACCUCAUACAGAGUGGUAAGGAUUGGACUGAAUGGAACCUGUUCUUGCAAAUGAAAGGUUAACAUGAUUUAAGAUAGUUCAAAAUGCUAAGUAGAGGCCUUCAGAGAAGCAUCAAAAUAGCCCUUAUUUGGGUGCCUUUCACCUCAGAUUUCUACAUUGCAGUUUCUCUUGCUGAAAAGGUACUGGUUGUUUUUAGGGUUUUUAUGGCCUGAAAUGGGCUUAAAUACAUAAAUAUAUAUUUGUAAAGACACACACUUGCAGAGUAAAGAAUGUUUUUCUUUUAUAA